AUGAGGGCCUUCUACCUACACAAAGAUAUUGCUCCGUCUGAGCUACUAUCGACGCUGGUAAACGAUGCGCCCGAGCCCAAGGUGACCGCAGGAUCCAACGAGGUGCUCGUCGACGUCCACUCUGCCGCAUUCAACUUCUUUGACAUCCUCGCUGUUCAGGGAAAAUACCAGGUCAAGACUCCUCAUCCAUACGUACCCGGUGUCGAGAUGGCAGGCAUUAUCUCCAAAGACUCUCCCAUCCCCGAAGGCUGCGAUUUCAUCCCAGGCAAGACGCGCGUCUUUGGCGCUGCGCAGGGUGCCUAUGGUGAGAAGACCAAAGCCGACUACUGGCAGCUGAUGGAGGUGCCCGAAGGAAUCACGCUCGAGCAGGCAGCUGGUCUCUUCGUCACUUGGCCCACGAGUUACGCUGCGCUCAAAUUUAGGGCUGAUGUGCAGCCGGAUGAGUGGGUGCUGGUGCAUGCGGGUGCCGGUGGUGUAGGUAUUUGCGCCAUUCAGAUCGCUAAAGCCAUGGGUGCAAAGGUUAUCGCAACUGCAGGCUCGGACGAUAAGCUGCGGGUAUGCAAACAAUUCGGAGGUGCUGACUAUGCCGUCAACUACCGCGACAAGGAUUGGCAGGCCCAGGUCAAGAAAAUCACCGAAGGUCACGGCGUAGACGUAGUCUACGAUCCUGUCGGAAUGAUCGUCCCCUCGCUCAAGGUGAUCGCCUGGAACGGGCGUAUCAUUGUCGUUGGUUUCGCUGCUGGUACCAUCGAAAAGAUCCCUGCCAACCUCAUCCUGCUCAAAAACGUCGCUGUCACAGGCGUUCACUGGGGUGCCUACGUUCGUAACGAGCCAGACAAGAUCGGCGAGACCUGGGAGGCACUGCUCGACAUGUUCAAGACCAAAAAAGUCACGCCUACCGUGUUUGAGCACAUCUACGAAGGUUUGGAGAGCGUCCCGGAGGGAUUGAAGGAUCUGGCUGAUAGAAAGACGUGGGGAAAGGCCGUGGUUCGCAUCCGUGCUGAUCCACAGUUCCCUCCUAAGGGAAAGCACAAACUUUGA